CCGCCUCCAUACGAGGAAUCGACAACUCACUCUGUCGUUUAUUCGGAUGAAACGACGACGACGAUGACAACGGAGGUGGUCACCACCACCACUACUCAGACCACUACUCAUCUCAUCUCCCCUCUGUGGAGAAAACACGUCGCUCCCGUUGCAGCAGGCCGUCCUACUGCUUCUCAAUGGGUACCUCUGCGAGUUGAAAAGGACCUCCCUCCAACGCCUACGGACGAAGAUGAUUCACCGUCAGGCCCGUCGUCGCGACCAGACUCGGUGGAGGAGAUUAUGGCGGAGAGUAUGCUUCCGUCCUUAUUCCCUGCUUCUGAUGGAAGACCCUGUCCUGAAGCUCUACCCGUAUCGCAAUCUUCAACUGCAGCGUUGGCACACGCUUCAUUAGGCGUCGGCCUGCCACAUGUCCUUACCCGGUCAUCACCUUCAUCACCCUUUUCCGAAGUGAACACCGUUGCAUUUGCUACCUCGCCAUUUCCUGCAAGCAGGCCAGCACUCCGUCAAUGGAAAAGUUCUCAGAAGCUGAGAUCCGCGUCAGAUACGCGUGAUGGCACCAACAGGGAACGUCGGAGGACUAGAGGGCUGUCUUUGAAUGCAUCGACAUUCCUUAGCUUUGGUAUGUCAGAUUCCAAAGGGAAGGCGAAAGUGAAAGAAGGAAACGAAGAUCUUCCUCCAAAGACUUUGUCUCGUCGGGCGUCAUUUUGGACGCGCAAAAAGACGCCGGCAUCCGACCUUCCCACUCCGCCCAAGUUUUCACCCAAUUCUAAUAAUCUGUAUACACCUCUGCCAUCCGUCCAACCUGGUUCGCCUUUUUUCAUGAAUAUGGAUGCUUCUCAUUCAGCUGCUUCAGAUCGCCAGUCCGCCAAUCAGCAUACCCCCCAUACCCGAGGCUUAUCCAGGAGCCAUUCUGAACGUCUUUCAAACAGUCGUCUCACAUUGCCCGAACAGUCACCCCCAACCUCAGCUCUGGCGCCUUCAAAAGCCCGUCGACGUACACGCCGCCCAGCAACCGCAGAUCCAUUAAAUACUUCCCUAGUCGGUUCAUUGUUUACUGAUUCCUCUCAUUUUACAUCAUCACCUCUGUCCAAUACCUCUCCACCCCCUCCUUUACCCCAGCGACAUGACCUUGAGCCUCCGGAAUCGCAAUAUCAAAGCCGUAGACCGCGCGCUCAAACCAACCCUCCAUUACUUCAUAGGUUAUCGUUAUCUUUACUGUUUUCAUCCUCUGGCCCUUCUCUUCAACCUUCCUCCCCUUUCACUUUGGUUUCAAGUCAUUUGGCAUCUACAUCGUCGUCAAGCUCGUCGCCUGUCAUUAGCAACAAUAAUUCCCCUCGUCCUUCUCUUCAAAAAAUUGUCGACAUCCCUAGACCUCGUGUGGAUGACGAAUCGCCCGAAGUCUAUCUGGAUCGACUCUGUGCGGUUGUCAGCAAAGCAGAAGUGGCAGGGGUUCUCGCAUCAAGUGCAGACAUUUUCCACGUACAGGCGCUUCGUGCCUAUAUCAGCAGGUUUGACUUCGCAAAGGACCCCUUAGAUGUUGCGCUCCGGAGGCUACUAAUGGACGUAGGCCUUCCGCGAGAGACUCAACAAAUUGAUCGCGUCAUGGAGGCUUUUGCACACCAAUAUGUUAGCUGUCAUCCGAAUCUGUUUACGUCCGAAGAUCAUCCAUAUAUUUUAGCGUUCAGUUUGAUUAUGCUUCAUACCGAUGCUUUUAACAAAUCGAACAAACGCAAAAUGACAAAGGCCGAUUACAUUAAAAAUACCAGAUUGCCGGGUGUAUCUUCUGAAGUCUUGGACUGUUUUUAUGACAACAUUGUGUUUGCGCCAUUCAUCUUUGUAGAAGAUCCUUUAGAUAUCAACGGGCAACGAGGGUUCGUUUCAGGGGGAUCCAGGAUCACCCCGUCUGUGUCGGGCACUGCUUCCAAUGGCUCGGGAUCUGGCUUUCUAGGGAAGGGAAACAAGGUCGAUCCUUAUUACCUGAUAUCUAAUAACCUUCUCGAUGCCCUCCGUGUCGAUGUUGAAAGAUACAUACCUGCCUCUCAUCCGUACUCGUGGGAAGGAACAAAUGGUCGCUGGGAUGACGACGAAUUGCAGUCAGUAUUUGCUAAUGCAACUGCCGUCGAAAUUGGCUACGAUGGCCGCCUAACCGCCCCAUUUUUCGGUAUGGGUAGUCCACCUAGUCCAUUAAUUGGACCUCUCGGCGGCCUACCGGAUUCCUCGUCUCCUUCAGGAGAGAUGUGUACUCUCCGAGUGACUAAAGCAGGUGUACUCUCCAGGAAAGACGAUACACUUGAAGGCGGAAAAAAAUCAACACAUCGGAAAUGGAGACCGAUGAGCGUUGUCUUGACGGGUUCACAGCUCCUCUUUUUCCGUGAUUUGACUUGGGCAAAUACCCUAGGUUGUAGUUCCGAUUCGUCAUCUGGCGGCCAAGUCAUCUAUCCCCAAGCAACUGUCUUUAACCCCGAUGAGUCUAUCUCCGUCAAGGAUUGCAUUGCCGUUUGGGACGAAUUCUAUACCAAACACCGCGAUGUUUUCCGUUUUGUCAUGCACGACGGUCGCCAAUUCCUACUCCAAGCUUCGAAUGACAAAGAUCUCAACGAAUGGGUAUCCCGCAUAAACUAUGCCAGCUCCUUCAAAUCUGCUGGCGUCCGCAUAAGACCGAUGGGGAUGUCAGGCGGAGAUGUGAAGCUGACCGGUGUAGCAGCAGCUACUUCACAUCUACAUGAUUUGCGACACACAAAUCAAGCUACGCCUGUAGUACGGAAGUGGGGUGGCCGCGGAUCCCACGAGCCAUCAAGUUCUCUUUCUGUUGAACCAGAUUUUCCAACGAUGACACCUUCUAUGCAGCGGAAGGUAACGUUGAUGGACGAUCACGAUGUCGUAGAGCAGAAUGUUCCUGUGGCCCCUGAAGUUGAAGGAGCUGAUCAGUUCAAGGCCACCUUUGAUCAGGUGAAAGCUGAUCUUUCUGCUGGCCGAUGGAGUCAUAAUCUAGUACGCGCUGACGAGCCGGACUUAAGUCAGACUGCAAUCACUCCAUCGGAUUCUGCACGGAGUGAUAUCUCAGGUCUUCCUUCACGUUCCAAUGUCAUUUUGUCGAAGAUACGUGAUUUAGACUCUAGGAUCUCUGCUUCCCAAUCACAACUGGACUCUGAUCUUCGUUUCGUUCGCAAUAUUGCCACCCUCACCCCAUUCCAGCGACAUACCCGUUAUCGCCUUCUCCUGGCCAUCCAGGGCAUUUCGAAACGCAUUAUGCAGGAACGUUUGUAUUUCACCAAGUUGGCCUGCCACCGUGCGGUUCUUUCUCGGGAUCUUGCGGCGGAGGGUCGCGAAUGGAAUCGGACCAAGCAAAUUGCGUUGAAAGCUGCUGCAGAGAUGCUUCAAAGCCAACAACCACGUGAAAGUACGAUUCCCACAAUGACAGUAUCAUUCCAUGACUCGAAGGACCAAACGCAAUCUCCAGAGUCUAUAUCCAGGCGCGCGUCAUCAACUCAUCGACCUGAAUCGACCUGCGAAUCGUUCCAUUCUGCAUUAGAUUUUGGUCCGGAAUGGCCAUCAUCUGAUGAUUUAGCCUCAUCGAAUUUUCUGAGCUCCUCUCAAGUGUACGAAUCCCCCAAGGCAUCUGCCUCAGAAUGGCUCUCAUACCCUUUCCCCGAAGUCAAUACCUCGACCUCUUCAGUACCAAGGAACGAGGGACCGUCGUCGUCCCGUGUUAGUGACGAAAUACGUACACAUGAAAAGUAUUAUACCGCCGUGGAGGAAGCAGAGGAGUGGGACAAAACUAGGUGCGCUCAGCGUGUAUCGCUGGUCCGUCUCCCUUCUACCAUUGUGUUGAGAUACGAGAGAGGCAUGGCUACCAGUAGGGAUUGAAAUUAUUGCGGAUGAAUUUAUUGUGUUUAUUACGUACAUUAUUUAUUUAAAUAAAAUAUUGUAAGAUAAUGUGUGAAAUAUUACUUAUAUGUACUUG